UUGAAUUCACAUGACAUAAUUUGAAAGUGCAUAACUUAUUAGCGUGUUACUUGAAUUAGACAGUAAUGUUGGUGUAGAUACAGUGAAUAUGACUUCUAGAUUUCAAGCAAGUUUAAUUCAAAUGCAAGAAAGCAAAUUACUUGACUUUAGACAAUGACAACAAGUUAUGUAAAAUGUUGACGACCGUUUCUAUUUCCGAUGGUUCCUGUUGUUUUUCAAAAUCUUAAUUGUGAAUCUCCAGCAAUAUUAGGCUUUGAAAAUCUAAUUUUCCAAAAUCAAGAGGCGGGAAACAUUGGCAGAAGAUUUUCUGGUCGAAGCUCUACCCAAGAAGAUUCGUGAACAAAUGGAUAAAAGAGAUGCUGUAAGAAAAAAAACGUUGUCUUUAGAAGUUCACUCUGGGCAGAUAAAAUCGGAAUCAUGUCAGAAUCACUCAAUCAAUGAAGAUUAUUCAAGUGAUAUCAAUGAAGUAGAAAACACAGAGAUUUCUGAACGCAUACGUGAAGAGUUAAGUGAUAUUUCUGAACGUAUAUCAAUUUUAUCGACAAACUCUUCUCUUCCUAUCCAAUAUCAAUCAGAUGAUAUUGAUGUAUCACAUGAAAUAGGCUUACGACAAAGUACAUCUUUAUCAGACAGAACGUUUGCACUAUACGAUUCAUUUUCCGAAACCAUCCCAAAUAAACAGAAUUCUUCAGUAUACAAUAAAAUUAAUUUGACGCCAGAUACAUCUAACAAUCUUGUGUAUUCACUUGAUCGAUUUUCUCACGAAGAUGGAAUCACAGUUCAGUACAGACAAAAAACAUUGAACAGAGAUAACUUGGAUUCACUCAGGAAACUGAAGCACUACCCGACAGCCGGCAAAAAUUCUAUAGUCAACAAGAAACAUAUAAAAACUAUUUUUCACAAUAAAACUUGGUCCAAAGUACCUCAAAAUCUACUAAUUAGUGCUGCUGAGGGUCUACAGGAACUGUGUCAAGAUUCGUCAUCUGAUGAAUCUGUUGAUGAUAAUUCUUCACUAAAUUUUGUAAUUCAGAAUUCCCUUCAAAACUUAAGUGGUAGCAGUAGUAGUACAGAAAGUAGUAAUCAUACUUAUACUAUGGAAAGUCCAUCUGAAUUUUUAAACAGAAAAUUAGAUCUUGAACAAAUGGAGGGAAGUUACCAUUCCGCGAUUUCAAACAAUACAGAAUCUAAUUCAAGUUCACAUAUUCAUGAAUCAGUUGACUAUUCAACUAGUAAUGGUGGAGCAUUCAUUCGACCUCGUCUACCUCAUUCUGUUGUUCCAAAUGCAGAUUUUUACUUGAAGACCAAUAAUAAUGAUAAUAAUAGUGCAAUCAAAGAAAGCAAAUUAUCACAAGGUCCAUUAAAAAUGACUGACUUAUUAUCAUUUGAAGAAUUGGAUGAUUAUUUGUUUAAUACACAAAAAUUAGUUACACAAUUGGAGCAAAAAAUGGCAAAUAAUAAAUCUGAAAAAGUAAUUCCUCAAAAACAAUGGACAGUCAAACAGAAUGAAACAGUCUGCUCUGCUGAAGAUUACGAAGUAGAGAAAGCGUUAAAUAAUGCUGAUCAAUUACUUGGAUCAGCUGUUAAUAAGCGUUUGUCAGCCAUUCUACAACGGCGACAAGAUAGACAAAAAUCUUACAUCUCAAGUGUGGAACAGGCAAAAAAGGUAAUGAAUGGCUGUAAUGAGAUUCCUGAAGGAAAAGCCAACAGGUCACGUAGAACAACUCAGUCUAUGGUAACAACGCGACCACAAUCUCAGCAACCAGCGUCUCGAUGUCCAAAGGACUCUGAUACACCUUGUGAUCACCCCUCUAUGCCUACAAGAAAUGCAUCUGAGACGCGGCGUAAUUACUCAAACAGAUUAUCGCAUAAUUCAUCUAACUUCCCAGUGUCCGUAGAAAAGUGUACAAAAUCUUUCUUUUCACAGAAAACAGUCAACAUUGAUCGUCAUGGUAUUGCGAAUAAUCACUCAUCAAUCUCAUCUACACCUGAAAGUUCAAGACACUUAGGUGUAGAUGCUUUAAAAACAAGUAAAAUGUUAGCUACUCUCAACUGGCAGCGUCGUAAAUCCUAUGAUCCAAGACGAUUUCUUAAUAAAUCAAGUGGAAAUUCUACAGCUCGUUCACAAAGUCGACCACCAAAGGAUGAUGAUAUAAUGAGUAUAUCUACAGAUAGCAAUCCUAAAAGUUGUAUUAGCAGUCAUUCUGUUCGCCCAAUGCAUCAUAGAUUGACAGUUACUACUCGUCGAACGGCACCCGUAGAUACAGCCGACUGUAUAGCAGCAAUAGAGGUUGUUAAACAAAUAAAAAUGAACAAUGAUUCAAAAGAUAUUGCCAAUUUUUGCGCCACAAAAACUAACAACUCUGUAAAUGAUUCAACUCGUAGAACAUUCACAGGUCAACAUAACCAAGAUGUUGGUGAAACCGAGUCAAAGCUUAUCACUUCAGUCAGGAAAUCUGCUACAAGUGAAUCUCGUUCGAAGACAAAGCAAAUUAACAAAAAUAAUUUAGUUUUUGAUGGAUCUAAACAUUCUAGUCGGCAUCAGAGCCUUAAUGAAAAUAAACAUGCAAACAAACGACUGCCAUCUGUUGUCACUGCUCGUUUGCCUACACAUCAACAAAUGCAUAAUGGUCACAAUACAAUAAGAAUAACUUCUCAGUCAUGUACCCGUGAAUCGAAUCAUGUCAGUCAGUUGAAUACGGCUAAUGUAACCGCUAUUGAAUCUGCCGAUAAUAAUAAAACUGCUAACCGAGAUGGGUCGAUUUAUCCUGACAUUGCUGUUGAGUCAGUCAAGUUUAAAAUUGAGAAACUGACAAAUUUCAUCGUUCGAUUACGAAAACGAAUUGAGCGUGAUUAUGCAGAACAUGGUACGUGUUCACCAGGUGAUGAUGUUUUUGGGGAUGAAGCUGUAGGAGCUGUAGUUGCAGGUAGACCAACUGGUAUGCAUCCUGUUGUUGCAACAUGUCUUCAAAAUCUACGUGUACUUGAAGUAAAUGCUCAAGAAAUAUUCAGUCUACUUUAUCCAAAUGAAGUUGACUUUUGGGAACCGGCUAGAGUAUGUUUACUGGAAGGUACAGAUGAUGACAAACUUUUCAACGAUGCACGAAGUCAAAUUACUGAACAUUUAUCGAGUUCUAUUGAAACAUCAGGAAAAUCUAUAGAGAAUACCGGUAUUGUUCAAAACAAAAUUUCUAGUCCGUUAAAUUGCCUUUCUGACAAACUUGAAAAUACCAAAGAAUCAGAUACAUUAGGUGAUGCAGAUUUGAUUUGAAUAAAUCUAUUUUGCCUGUUAUUCAGCAAUUAUUUCUAUUUGUUUCCAAAUAAUCCGUCAUCAAUAACGAAUUUCGUUUAACAUUAUUAGAUUGAUCAUGCGGUACUAACAUAAUUCUUUUCUACUGAUUUUUCAAUACAAUACAAAUUAGCUGUGAUUUGUAAUGUGUAUAGUUAAUAUUUAUGCUUUUAUUUAUUUGUUGAAAUAUGAAGUCGAUCAUUUUUGACCUGCUAGGUUAUAUUUUACAUGUCAAACAACCAAUACGAACGAACAAAAUACCUGAGAAUUAAAAUUUACUCUUGGAAAAAUAAAUUCUAUAAUUACUAGGGUUUAUAAGAUGAUGCUGAUCUAAUUCUACAGUCAGUUAAAUGAAUUGAAAGUAAAUGUACAUAUAUUAUUGAGUUGUAAUUACUAUUAAUGCUGUUCAUCAUUUUUUAUUGUACAAUCAUUGUAAUCCUUCUUUUCCUAUCAUUUUUUUGAAUGGUGAUUAUGCGAUUUGUCAGUGUGAUUGACAAUUGGUUAGGUAAUUUAUUUUGAUUUCCGUAAGGUUAUGUAAAAAAUAUUUUCUUUUGAGUUAAUGACAAUUCAUUGUCUUUUCAAUGUCAUGAAUGAAGUUAAGCUGAUUUCCAUUUUAUAUUUCGAUGGAUGAAGAUGACAAAAUUAUUGAUACUUCUAGUAAAUAACACACACUUAUAUUUCUUUAAU